CUGCGCGCGGCUCGGGCGGGCGCCGGGCCUCGUCCCAGUUAGGACCCGGGCGCGGACGCGAUGGCGAGCGCGGCUCUGAGGGUCGCCGGGCGGCAGCUGAGCCAGCGCAGCGGGGCCGGAGCUCCCGUCCUCCUGCGGCAGAUGUUUGAGCCCAAGAGCUGCACCUACACGUACCUGCUGGGAGACAGGGAGUCCCGCGAGGCGGUCCUGAUCGACCCGGUUCUGGAGACGGCUCCUCGGGAUGCCCAGCUAGUCAAGGAAUUGGGGCUGCGGCUGCUGUACGCUGUGAACACCCACUGCCACGCGGACCACGUCACGGGCUCAGGGCUGCUGCGCUCCCUGCUGCCCGGCUGCCGGUCGGUCAUCUCCCGCCUCAGCGGGGCCCAGGCUGACUUGCACAUUGAGGAGGGCGACGCCAUCCGCUUUGGACGCUUUGCCUUGGAGACUCGGGCCAGCCCUGGCCACACCCCGGGCUGUGUCACCUUCGUCCUGAAUGACCACAGCAUGGCCUUCACUGGUGACGCCCUGCUGAUCCGCGGGUGUGGACGGACGGACUUCCAGCAAGGCUGCGCUAAGACCUUGUACCACUCGGUGCACGAGAAGAUCUUCACGCUCCCGGGCGACUGCCUGAUCUACCCUGCACACGACUACCACGGGCUCACGGUGUCCACCGUGGAGGAGGAGCGGACUCUGAACCCUCGGCUCACCCUCAGCUGUGAGGAGUUUGUAAAGGUCAUGGCCAACCUAAAUUUGCCCAAACCUCAGCAGAUAGAUUUUGCUGUGCCAGCCAACAUGCGCUGUGGGGUCCAGAGCCCCCCUUCCUGAGCACCUCUGUCAGGGGCCCAGGGCGAAGACUGCGUUGGGUGGGGGAGGGGAGAGCUGUCCCCCCCACCUCUCUUCUCCCCGUUUCUACCUCCCCCACAGGCCCCUUGAGCUUCUGAAAUAAAGAUGUGUGGUUUCUUUUGGAUGUGAA